AUGCAAGAAGGAGAACCAAGGAGCUGGAGACCCGGUACUUUUAGUAAGAAGAAAGCAAAGAAGAUAUCGAAACUUCUCAGGCAAAAGCUUGGGCCGGAGUUUAUCAGCUACAGGCCUGGGUUUAACAUGUCGAAGAUAGCAUAUGUCGAGGGCUGGAUGGCCAUAAGCCUGGCAAACCGGAUUUUUGGAUUCAACGGCUGGUCGUCGGAAAUACGGAGCAUGACGAUUGAUUAUGAAGAGGGAGGGGACAAGAAGAUUGGGCUGGGGGUAUCUUGCCUAGUUAGGGUCAUGCUCAAGGAUGGAACAUACAGAGAAGACAUCGGGUUUGGGAGUUCGGAAAACCAGAAAUCCAAGGCCAUUGCAUAUGAAAAAGCAAAGAAAGAAGCAGCAACGGAUGCUCUCAAGAGGGCUCUGAGGCAGUUCGGAAACUCACUGGGAAACUGCUGUUAUGACAAGAACUACAUCAAAGAGAUACAAAGAAUCCACAAGAUAAAUGAAAAGGCUUUAGACUCCAAUGAUUUAUUUAGGAACAAUGCAGUGGUAUCCGAGGAAUCCGACAAGGACGGCGACGCUUCGUUCGAGAUAGACUGCCAUGAUCUGAGCGAUACUCUGUGA